CAUGUCACAGCGAGGAAGUGAAGUGGCCGCUGCUCGCUACUGAGGGGAAGCUUUCUGUUAAGUUCUGAUCGGUGGAAGGAAAGCAAAGACAUGGAUCCUGUGGAGCCCGAAGGUCCAAUUAACAGGUUGGAGAGAACCUUGUGGUCUGUCUGGUGCUACAUCACUGAAGCCUUCGACAGAGUCUUCAGACCACCUCUUGCAGAUGAAAAUGGGUCGAACAGCUUACAAGAUUCUGCAGGCGACAGUGCGGCUUUUGAAGGGGGAGACGCACAGGCCGGCACGACUGGAGCACCUUCUCCGUCCCUGCGAGACGAUUCUGGAGAGGUGUGCACAGAAGAUGCAGCCCUCAAGCUGAAAAGAAGCAAUGAGAGCCAAGAGUCAAGAGAGGAAGAGUUCGACCCAACAGGAAAUGAUGAAGCAGGGCUGUGCCUCGCUAAAGCCCAUGAAAACAAGAAGCACAAAACAGAGAUCGAGAAAUUCAGCACCGGCGAAGGAAGCAAAGUCUCCAAAAUGGAUGAGGAGAACGAGGUUGCUGAUUCAGGAAGUCCUGGAGAAGUUGUAACAGGGGAGGACACAGAGGAGUCUGAUGGGGAAGCCUGCAGUGAGGAAGACGAUCAAAGUCGAGACGCAAGGGAUGGUCAUCGAGAAAUGGAAGAGCCUGAAACUGAAGACAGCUUUGAGGCAGAAGAUGGUGAGGUGAAGGUGUGCACAUUCACAGAUGAAAGUCCAGAAGAGGAGCACCAAAUACUUAAAGAACAUGGAAAUGAAGAUGACGAAACACGGCUGGAGCAAGACAAAAAUGAUGAACUGUUACAGACAAAAGAUCAGCUUACACUCAGCUGGAAGUUACUUGAAGAUGUGAGGAUAAGUGAAGCCACAGAGAACCAAACCGCAGCUGAAGAGCCAAACAUGGAAAACAGCAAUUCUGUUGCAGACAACAGACAAGAAGAAGUUCUUUUAGAUCAGUUUGUUACAAGCAGUCAGGAAGAUGUACAGACGACUGAAGUUGCACACAAAGAAGAGGAUGUGAUGGUCACUUAUGUGCAAAACACUGCAGAGACAGAAACAAUUCCGUCAGAAAUUUCCGUAAGUUCUAAGUUUGUCGAUGGCGAUUGCUUGGAAGAGGAGCGGCUCACGAGUGAAGUCAACAACAAAGGUAUCUCCGUCUCCACAGUCACUCCAGAUAUGGGAAAAGCUGAAAGCGAGACUGAGCAGGAAAUAAGCGGGGAGUUUAAAAAUACUCCCAUGUGGCUAAUCGAAGGGCAGGGUGUUGUACUGCAGGAGCGGAAUCCUCAAGCGUGCAAGGAAGCACAAGAGGGAGUUCCUGAACACAACAAUGAAUUUCAGCCAGAUGAAAAUACAACACAAAGGUUCCGCGAAGGAGGAAAUUGCCAGGAAAUCCAGAUCACUCAGUUACCAGAAGAGGUGGAGAAUAAAGAAGAGGAGAGCCUUAAAAACAGUCACACGGGAGCUGACUGUUUACUGAUGAAGGAGGUAAAGCAAGCCGGUGAAGAAAACAGUCUUGAUUUGGACGUGGAGCAGCACAGAGCCUUCGAGGAACAAAUCCCCCAAGAAGCAAAUCUGGAAUCAGAGCAUUUAUAUGCAAAGGAAGAGGCUAAAGCAGAGGAAAGCUCAAUGAAGACGGAGAUAAACCCCUUCCAUGAGGAGUUUGAGACCUACACAGGUUCAGCAGAUGAAGCCGACGAGUUGCAAGAUGGGGCUGACUUUGGAAAAGACGGGGUUUCGAGUGACUCCAAAGAGACUCCUGGACGUGAAUGGGAGUCGUUAGGGGGCGUGGCUGCAGAUGAAAGAAAGGGGUUCACAAAUGAAACUUUAAAAUUCCCAGAGACCGGAGAGGAGAAGAAAGACAUGAGGUUUUGUCAGGACUUUGCCUCCAAUGCAGAGAGUUCACCAGAGGAAGUGAGCACAUGGAAAUUACAUGAGCCUACAUCUUUGGAUCAUAGCAAUGUAGAAAAGGAAAAUGUGAGCAUAGAUCCACAUGAAGAAAAAGAAGAAGCUCAGGUCAGAUGUGACAAUGUAUGUCUGGAAGUUGAAGCAACUGCAGGUGAGAUGAAGGCAAUCGUAGAGUUAUCUGCACCCUCUGAGAUACAAGAGAGUGAAAAUCAAUCCCAAGACAAAGCACUGGAGAUGAAUGAGAGGACAAAAGCAGACACUGAUGAUAAGUUGAAGACAUCAGAACCAAAAGAGCUUCCUGAACUGCUAUCAGAGACGAUGGAAGAUAUGACCCAGUCAGAGAAUAUCUGUGAGCCGAUAAAAGGACAUCAAGAUGUGAUUGAUGAAGACAUCCUUGAUUUGUGGAUAGAGACCGCGAUGUCAGAGGACUUUCAUGACACAGAUGUAACCAAGCCAGGUGAUCUGUUAGAGGAGGAACCAGGAGAAAUGUAUCCCAAGGAGACGGAGCAACUCGUGAAGUCAAACUCAGGGGAACUUGUAAGUGACUCAGCUGUGGAGUCUGGAAUUCUGCAGUGGUCUCUGAGCAGUGGCUCACUUCAGGACAAUCGUGAUAUCUGUGCAGCUUCGCCAGAUUUCCCUGUGGAGAACUUUGAAACUCCCGAAGGAGCAGAUCAUCAUCUGGAAGCGGAGGACCUCACCGAGAUGAGAUCUGACACUGAUUCAGGAGUUUCAUCUCCACAUCACAUCAAUGUCUGUGGGGACAAGGAUUUUGGAUCUCCGGAAAUCGAGACGGAGCUUUCCCAAGUUGGAGAUGAACCCAUUGAGAUGUGUUUCUCUGACACACCGGAUGAAAUCAAACUCAGUGAGUCAGAGCAGCAGCCGGGAUGGAUAGAGGACAUCACUGAGCCGCUUCAUCCGGACAUGCUGGAGGAAAAUCACUCUGAGGUGGAUUCUCCUGUGCUGGAUUUUGCUUCUCAAAAGUCACGGAUAGCCGUUAAAAACCCUCGCGUGAGGCCACCCAAAAACCCUCGCACCCUGCUGCAAAAGCCCUCCGCAGAUCCCAUCCCUCCAGUGCCCAUGCCGGUCAAAGCGAUUCCAGGGCUGCCUUUGGGAGGCAUGGGGGUUGGAUUUAAACUACCAGGACUUGGUGAAGGUUUCCCUGUCUUGAAGAGAAGACAACAGGCUGAUGUGGGUGAUGAAGACGAACCAAAACCCCAACCUCAGGAACCUGAGAAACCUGAAGAGGAGAAGAGGGAUGCUUCACAGCCGGAUGAAGCACCACACCGACCGAAAUGGAAACCUCCAGGACAACUGGGAUUUGGAAAUCCCCUCAUGUCUGAGCUGAAGACUAAACUGAAGAAAACCACCUAAAAGGGAUCAUUGUUUCCAAUGCAUUGUAUGCAUAUUUGAAUGUAUUUUUGUUUGUCAAGCCAUUGUUCAUCACCUCAUUAUUUUAUCUCCUGUUUGACUUGUUCAUUUUUAAUCCAAUCAUUUUGGUAUCAGGUGUAAAUGAAAUUUUUAUUAACCUUUACUAUAUAGUAACAUAAAAAAAUAAUUUGUUUUUUUCUUUUGAGUUUUUAUUAUGUUUUUGUGCUUGUCUGGAAAUAAAUCCUCAAACAUUGCUUAAAGCUU